AUGUUGUCUCGUAUAACAAGAACUCAACAACCAACUACCAGACUAUUAGUCUUACGUUUCCUUUCAACCACCAGUCCAAAAUCCAAGGUUGUCCAAACCACUGAUGAAGCAUUAGAAGGUAUCCAAUCCAACAUCACUCUUCUUUCAGGUGGGUUCGGUCUUUCCGGUGUUCCAGACACAGUCAUUAAUGCCCUUGUUCAAAAACCCCACAUCAAAAACAUCACCGCUGUUUCCAAUAAUGCCGGUCUUGAUGGCCGUGGUCUUUCCCAACUUUUAGUUACUGGACAAAUCACAAAAAUGAUCUCGAGUUAUAUUGGUGGAAAUAGAACUUUUGAAAAGUUAUAUCUUACCGGACAAAUCGAUCUUGAAUUAACCCCACAAGGUAACUUGGCCGAACGUGUUCGUGCUGGUGCUGCUGGUAUUCCUGCUUUCUACUCCCCAGCUGGUGCAGGUACUUGGUUAGAAGAAGGUAAAUUACCAGUUAGAUAUGAUUCAACUGGUGAAAAGGUCUUGAAAGCUAGUGAACCACGUGAAGUUCGUGAAUUCGGAGGAAGAAGAUUCUUAUUAGAACCAGCUAUUAACGGUGAUGUUGCUUUAGUUAAGGCUUAUAAGGCUGAUACUUUAGGUAAUUGUUGGUUCAGAGGUGCUGCCAGAAACUUCAAUUCUGUUAUGGGUAGAAAUGCCAAAUUGACAAUUGUUGAAGCCGAACAUAUUGUUCAACCAGGUGAAAUUGCUCCUGAAGAUGUUCAUUUACCUUCUAUUUAUGUUGAUAGAGUUAUCCAAUCCACUACUCCAAAAGAUAUCGAAAUCUUCAAAUAUUCCGAAGAACCAUCUCAAGAAUCAUCAUCUGCUGCCGAACAAUCAGAAGCUGACUUAAAGAGAGCCAAGAUUGUCAAGAGAGCCGCUCAAGAAUUCACUGAUGGUUCUUUUGCUAAUUUAGGUAUUGGUAUGCCAACCUUAGCACCAAACUAUCUUCCAGAAAACAUUAAUGUCACUUUACAAUCAGAAAAUGGUAUUCUUGGAUUGGGUCCAUAUCCAACCAAAGGUCAAGAAGAUCCAGAUAUGAUCAAUGCCGGUAAGGAAACCGUCACAUUAGCUCCAGGUGCAUCUCUUUUCGGAUCCGAAGAAUCAUUUGCCAUGAUUAGAGGUGGUAAGAUUGAUUUAACCAUCUUGGGUGGAUUACAAGUUUCUGCCAAGGGUGAUUUAGCCAAUUGGGGUCUUCCAGGUAGAGUUAAAGGUAUGGGAGGUGCUAUGGAUUUAGUUUCUAAUCCUGCUGCCACUAGAGUCGUUGUUGUUAUGGAACAUGUUGAUAAGAAGGGUAGACCAAAGAUUUUGGAUGAAUGUAAGUUCCCAUUAACUGGUAAGAGAUGUGUUUCUAGAAUUAUUACUGAUUUGGCUGUCUUUGAUGUUAUUGAUGAAAAAUUGAUCUUGAUUGAAAUUGAUCCAGCUUCUUCUGUUGAAGAAGUUACUGCUAAGACUGGAGCUAAAUUUGAAAUUUCUCCAGAUUUAAAGAAAAUUGAAAUCUAG